GGCUUCUUCCGCGCAGGCGUAGCGGCUGGGUGGCGUAGCCGGGCGGCGCCGUGGUGCGCAGGCGCAGCUGUUGGUGGGUCGGGGUUCGGCCGCCCGAGAGAUCCCUGAAACGAGCCACUGCGUGCACAGCACACAGCUUAGGCCAAAAAGUCCUCAGUGCUCCAGGAUUUCACUUGCCGUUCACAGUCGUCUUCCUGGAAGACAGAGUCACUUGGAAUGGGAUAACACGGGCCGGUGUGCUGACUUCCUGGGGCCAGGCGGGGCUGGGUGGCAGGUGUCUGGAGCCUGCAGACAGGUGCUGGGAGAAAGGCCGCGCUGAGGUCCUCCUGGGCUUGGCUUAGGCGUGCAGAUCCUGAAAAGGCGGUGCGUUGUCUCUUCCCACCUCAAAAUGGAUAACAAGAAGCGCCUGGCCUAUGCCAUCAUCCGGUUCCUGCAUGACCAGCUCCGGCACGGGGGCCUCUCCUCCGACGCCCAGGAGAGCUUGGAAGUGGCAAUCCAGUGCCUGGAAACCGCUUUUGGGGUCACGGUGGAGGACAGCGACCUCGCACUGCCUCAGACUCUUCCCGAAAUAUUUGAAGCAGCCGCCGCAGGCAAGGAGACACCAUGGGACCUGAGGAAGAACCCUGAACCGUUGCCACCUUCGGAGGAGGACUCGGCCGAGGCAGAGCGCUUGAAAACUGAAGGAAACGAGCAGAUGAAAGUAGAAAACUUUGAGGCAGCCGUGCACUUCUACGGGAAAGCCAUUGAGCUGAACCCUGCCAACGCCGUCUAUUACUGCAACAGAGCUGCGGCCUACAGCAAACUGGGAAACUAUGCGGGGGCCGUGCAGGACUGUGAGCGGGCCAUCUGCAUAGACCCAUCCUACAGCAAAGCCUACGGCAGGAUGGGCCUGGCACUCUCCAGCCUGAACAGGCACGCUGAGGCGGUGGCCCACUACAAGAAGGCCCUGGAGUUGGACCCCAGCAAUGAGACCUACAAGUCCAACCUGCAGAUAGCGGAGCUGAAGCUGAGGGAGACGCCGAGCCCUACGGGAGGCGUCGGCAGCUUAGACAUCGCAGGUCUGCUGAACAACCCGGGCUUCAUGAGCAUGGCAUCAAACCUGAUGAACAACCCCCAGGUUCAGCAGCUCAUGUCCGGGAUGGUCUCAGGCGGCCACAACCCCUUGGGGACUCCCGGCACCAGCCCCUCGCAGAACGACCUGGCCAGUCUCAUCCAGGCGGGCCAGCAGUUUGCCCAGCAGAUGCAACAGCAGAAUCCGGAGCUGAUAGAGCAGCUGCGGAGCCAGAUCCGGAGCCGCACCCCCAGCGCCAGCAACGACGACCAGCAAGAGUGACAGCCCCCGUUCCACCACCACCGGCCCGUCCUACCGACGGGAAGUCUUCCACGUCUUGCCGUUUUCUGCCCUCGGACUGCCUAACAGAGAAAAAAGAAAAAUUGGACCUGCAUGUUAAGACAGAUUUUUAUUAUUUUUAUUUUUGUCCUCUGCCUUCCUCUCCCUUUUUGUACUCUCCCACGGCCCCCAGACCCUUCUGAAACAGAGCCAGCAAGCUGUGAACACAGACCAGCACUGAUCUCCCCCCUACCCCCCCAAAAUCCCAGUCACUGAAGUAUUUCCGAGAAUAUCCCAGGGUUGGGGUGGUUCUCCAGCUGCCCUCCAGGAUGCAGCUGGUUUUGUGUCCAGUCACGGUGGGGUGCCUGUGGCCUGCACCCCCCUCCAUCUGUCCUCGGGGGCCUCCCCAGUGGGUGGGGAACCCUCUCCGAGUCAGCCCUCCCUGCUUGGAGAAGCUCACUGCCAGGCACGGUCUGGGGACCAGCAUCCACUAGGCCUCAGACCGCGGAUUCUUGCACGAGGAACAAUUUAGUUGCAGAUUCCGUGAGGCAACUUCCGUUACCCUGCACCCUGGUGUGGGAGCAGGAGGGCGUGCGCCCUAGUGCACAGGGUCAGUUUCCGGGACUUUCUGCCAGUCAGGCACUUUGUUGGAUGUCUGAUCUGUGCUCCUCUUUUCCCAGUACUCAAUGACUGCCAGACCGCAAGGGGCGGGACAGUGACCUUUUGGCCUGGCCUCCAGCCCUUCCUAGCCUGUUUGUGUGUCCCACCCAGCCCACUGCCCUCUGCCCCUAGGUGGUCCCGCUGGCCCAUCGCAUCUGGGUCCUGGCAGGCUCUCCCCUCCUGUUCCGGGGCUGGAGGCCAGCAGGGACCUGGUGCCCCACCCUGGCCUCGGCCUGAGAUUGUCCAGCAGCCACCAGAGCUGCUGCUGGGAGAGCGGGCACACAAGCCGGAGCCAGGCAGCCUGCCCAGAGCGCAGGGCCACUGCGGGCAACCUGCCGCCCUGCUCUGACAGGACCGGGGAGGGGGAUGUACUUGCUCUGUGGCCGCAGCACUGGUGACGAGUGGUCCGGGGCGCCCUGGGGGUCUCGGGCUGUGGUCCGGGCAGACCAGAACUGUGUGGUAGGUAACUAGUGGGGCGUGAGCUGCCAGCACCUGCAGUACGUCCUGCGUCCAGUGGGAUGUAUCCUAACGCAAGUGCUAACCAGGCGACAAGCGUACCGUGUGGGAAUAAAUAGACGUCAUGACCUCU